AAAGAUCAUUCUAUCAUUCAGCCCGGCUCAAUUCAGCUGUCACUUAACCACCAUCCGACAGCCAACAUCAAGUUCGACUUGUAUAAUCAUUUUAAAUUUCACGCGUGAUUAAUUUCAAAAUAAAACUCAGUAACAUGUAGAUAGAUUCCAGUAAGAUAGUGUUUUCUCCUCUUACGAUCACCAACCAAAACACGCCGAAGGCACGACUCGAAACGAAAUAAAAAAAUCUAGUCAAAUAUUCACAAUUCUUUACAAAAUUUUAAAAAUGAAAUAAUAAAAACAGCUGUGUUAUUAAAUUAAUUUAAGAUCGUACUUAUAUUUUAUUUGAUAGUUACUUUUGUUUAUAAGUGUAAAUAAAGAAUGCAGAUUUUGAAGGCGCGUUUCGCUCUAAGAGCGUCCGCGUCACAAUUUCAAGCAUGGAGCUCCGCGAAAGGACGUAAUGCAUCUUCGAAAGCGAAGCCAGAAUACAAGCCGAUCAGAAGCGUCUUGGUUGCAAACAGAGGAGAAAUUGCCAUCAGAGUGUUCAGAGCAUGUACUGAGCUGGGAAUCCGGUCCGUCGCCAUCUACAGCGAACAGGACAAACUGCAGAUGCACAGACAAAAAGCCGACGAAUCAUAUUUAGUCGGCAAAGGUCUACCUCCAGUUGAAGCGUACCUCAGUAUUCCUGAAAUUAUCAGAGUCGCCAAGGAAAAUGAUGUGGACGCUGUGCAUCCCGGUUAUGGUCUUCUGUCUGAGAGGGCAGACUUCGCUCAAGCAAUCCUCGACGCCGGCCUCCGAUUUAUCGGUCCAUCCCCAUUCGUGGUGCAGCAGAUGGGAGACAAAGUUGCCGCUAGGAAAGCUGCCAUCGAUGCUAGGGUGCCAAUUGUCCCGGGUACUGACGGUCCGGUAACGACCAAGGAGGAAGCACUUUCCUUCUGCCAAAAACAUGGUCUUCCAGUUAUCUUCAAGGCUGCAUACGGUGGAGGUGGACGAGGUAUGCGAGUAGUGAAAGAAAUGAGUGAGGUAACAUCCGCCUUCGAGCGAGCCUCCUCCGAAGCACUGGGAGCAUUCGGCAACGGUUCCAUGUUCAUCGAGAGGUUUAUUGAGAGACCGCGUCACAUUGAAGUGCAGCUGUUAGGUGACAAGGCCGGCAACGUAGUUCACCUUUACGAACGUGAUUGCUCCGUACAGAGAAGGCAUCAAAAAGUUGUAGAAAUUGCACCUGCACCCGGUUUGGACCCCGAGACCCGUAAGAAGAUGACGGACUGCGCCGUGCACUUGGCUCGGUCUGUCGGCUACGAGAACGCGGGUACCGUGGAGUUCCUACUCGAUGAUAAAGGCAAUUUCUACUUCAUCGAAGUCAACGCUAGAUUACAAGUCGAACACACAAUCACAGAAGAGGUAACAGGCAUAGAUUUAGUACAAUCGCAAAUCCGAGUGGCAGAAGGUAUGACGUUACCCGAACUGGGACUAACGCAAGACAAGAUCAGAGCAGAAGGAUUUGCGAUACAGUGCCGAGUUACCACUGAAGAUCCCGCUAACAAUUUCCAGCCUAGCACCGGACGAAUUGAAGUGUUCAGGUCUGGUGAGGGUAUGGGCAUCCGUCUGGACUCUGCGUCAACAUACGCUGGUGCCGUCAUCUCUCCAUACUACGACUCGCUUCUCGUUAAGGUAAUUUCCCACGCAUACGACCUGCCAGCAUCGGCCGCUAAAAUGAACCGCGCUCUCCGUGAGUUCCGUAUCCGCGGCGUCAAGACCAACAUUCCGUUCUUGCUCAACGUGCUGGAAAACCAGAAGUUCCUUAAUGGCGCCCUGGACACGUACUUCAUCGACGAGAAUCCCCAACUCUUCAUGUUUAAAGUAUCGCAGAACAGAGCUCAAAAAAUCCUCAAUUACCUCGGACAAGUACUUGUGAACGGCCCCGCUACUCCUCUGGCCACUAAGAUACCGCCCGCUAACGUCAAGCCGUACAUUCCACCCGUACCGCUGGACCUAUCCCCUGAGGCUAUUAAAUUGCAAGAAGCAACAGGGGAAAACACAGCUAUCCAACCCCCCAGAGGUUACAAACAGAUUCUCACCGAGGGCGGUCCUGCGGCCUUUGUUAAGGCAGUCAGACAGCACAGGGGCUUGUUGCUCAUGGACACCACCUUCAGGGAUGCUCAUCAGUCCCUGUUAGCCACCAGAGUCAGGACACAUGACCUGCUGGCCGUGUCACCCUAUGUCGCUCACAACUUCAGUAACCUGUACUCACUUGAGAACUGGGGCGGAGCUACUUUUGAUGUUGCCUUAAGGUUCCUCCACGAGUGUCCAUGGGAGCGGCUCCGAGACAUGCGGCGUCUGAUCCCCAACAUCCCCUUCCAGAUGUUAUUGCGAGGAGCCAACGCCGUCGGCUACACUAACUACCCCGACAACGUCGUCUUCAAGUUCUGUGAGAUGGCUGUUAAAAACGGCAUGGACAUCUUCCGAGUAUUCGACUCCCUAAACUAUCUUCCAAACUUAAUCCUUGGAAUGGAAGCCGCGGGCAAAGCCGGUGGUGUGGUCGAAGCUGCCAUCUCUUAUACAGGCGAUGUGUCAGAUCCCAACAAGAAGAAAUAUGACCUCAAGUACUAUCAGAAAUUAGCUGAUCAGCUGGUGAAAGCUGGAACCCAUGUGUUGUGUAUUAAGGAUAUGGCGGGGCUUUUGAAGCCUCAGGCUGCUAAGUUGCUCAUUGGAGCCAUUCGCGACAAACACCCGGACAUUCCAAUUCACGUGCACACACACGACACAUCCGGCGCUGGCGUCGCCUCUAUGCUGGCAUGUGCCGAGGCUGGCGCUGAUAUCGUGGACGUGGCCGUGGACUCCAUGUCCGGCCUGACCAGCCAGCCCAGCAUGGGCGCGGUAGUCGCGUCCCUGCAGAGAACUAAGCUGGACACGAAAAUCGCACUUCAAACAGUAUCUGAAUAUUCAGCAUACUGGGAGCAAGCGCGUACACUAUACGGUCCCUUCGAGGCCACAGCGACCAUGAAGUCCGGCAACGCCGACGUGUAUCUCAAUGAGAUUCCCGGAGGACAGUACACCAACCUGCAGUUCCAAGCCUUCUCACUGGGCCUGGGUACCCAGUUUGAAGAAGUUAAGAAGGCUUACAGGGAAGCCAACCUUCUUCUUGGCGACAUCAUCAAAGUAACUCCAUCAUCAAAGGUAGUGGGAGACCUUGCCCAGUUUAUGGUGCAAAACAAGUUAACAGCUGACGAUGUCAGGGCCAAGGCUGAGGAGCUGUCCUUCCCCAAGUCUGUUGUGGAAUUCCUACAGGGAGCUAUCGGUAUACCGUAUGGAGGAUUCCCUGAACCACUCAGAUCUCAAGUAUUGAAAGACAUGCCAAGAAUUGCAGACAGACCCGGCAAGGAAUUAGCACCUUUGGACUUCGAAAAGUUGAGAUCAGACCUCAUUGAAACUUACCCGGAGUUGUCGGACCUAGACGUGAUGUCGGCGGCCAUGUACCCUCAGGUAGCGAAUGACUUCUUCCGCAUCCGCGACAAAUACGGACCUGUCAAGAACCUCGACACCAGGACAUUCUUGGUUGGACCUUCUGUUGGAGAAACGAUAGAAGUGAAGAUUGAGCGAGGAAAGACAUUGGACAUCAAGACAGUCGCCGUGUCGGACGAGAUGACAGCGGCGGGAGAAAGGGAAGUCUUCUUCGAGCUCAACGGACAGCUUCGAUCUGUGUUUAUUAGAGAUGAAAAUGCUAGCAAGGAAAUGAAAAUCCACCCCAAGGCAGUGAAAGGUGACAAGAACCAGGUUGGAGCGCCAAUGCCAGGAACAGUACUUACAAUCAAAGUGAAAGACGGUGACAAGGUCGAGAAAGGACAACCCAUAGCCGUUCUAUCAGCCAUGAAGAUGGAGAUGAUAGUCCAAGCUCCCAGAGCCGGCACUGUAGCCUUCGUAGCCAUCACCAACGGACAGAAGUUAGAGGGAGAUGACUUAAUCUGUACCAUCGCAGACUAAACAUAAAGAUCAAUAUCGCAUACCAAGUGACAAGACUUAUUCGGCACAAAAUCAUAUUGGCAGCAAACAAAUAUGAUUUUAUAGUAAUAUUUUAGCAUUUUAACAAUUAAUUGUAAGUCCUUUUUUGCUAUCGUAAAUGUAUUGUUGAAUCAUUUUUUUAAAUAUAAUUUGGAAUGUAUAAAGACAAUUUUUUUUCCAAGAAAAAAAAAUGAUCAAGGGUUUACAAUUUGUAUACAAAUGUGAUAGUAUCACACUAUUUAAUAGUGUCCAUUUACAGUGACUUGUAAGCAUCAGAGUACAAAAGUGAAUGGAAAUUAGUUUAUAAUAACAGCGUAAAAGAAUAUUGGAAAAUCGAAUAGUUGUGUAUAGGAGUGAAAUAUGUAGUAUGUAGAACAUGGAACGCGUAAUCAGGGUGUAAUGUUAGGCGCCUCACAGACUGAAUUAGACAUAAAUAUAAACUUUUAAUAAUAGCAGAUGCAUACAUAAUAUGAAAUGGGUUGAAUCUCUGAGAGUAUUUGACCUUCUAAUUUAAGCUACAAUUUAGUUUCGCCUCACGAUUCAGUCUGUGAGGCAUUAGAAGAGGAUAGACACGUCACAACACAUUAUUCCUAUAGGUAGGUUAUAUAAAAAUAACCUGUGACCUCUCUAUUCGUUAAGUUAUUGUUAUUUGGUUAUCGUGAAACGAUUCGAGUUCCGGUGCUAAUUGUUAUUUCAUUUUGUUAAAAUCCGUUCAUCAAUUUGUUUUUUAUUUAAUAAAUUGAUUUUUUUUUACUGAAA